UUGCCUUUUCUGCUUUCAAACAGGACUGACAAUUAACGCUAAACUGGAUUCAGAAAACGGCGCCAGGAUGGACACUCUCCAGGGGAGAAAACCAAAGAAACCCCAUUACAUUCCUCGACCACCUGGCAAACCUUUCAAAUACCAGUGCUUCCAAUGUCCGUUCACCUGCAACAUCAAAUCUCAUCUCUUCAAUCACAUGAAAUACAACCUGUGUAAGAACUCCAUCUCAUUGGUGUCUCAACGUAUGGAGCAGACAGGAAAAACGCCUAGAGCUUCCCAGCGUAACAUUUCAUUCAGCCAAAACACUAAAGAACGGCCACUAGAGGAUGAAGCCGACAAAUAUCUGGAGAAGACCAACGCCAACAACAAUGAUCAAGCAGAAAUGGGUAAAGAAACAAAAGACAAGCCUGAAAGUCCUACCAGAGAAGUCACUAAGGCUGUUCUUGAACCAGUUAGUGAGACCAGAGACAAAAGUUCAGCCGUGGACAUUCAACAGAACAAACUAUCUUCAGCUUUCUCACCGGUUACGCGAAUGUGUGAAAGCGAAGCUCCACCACUGCCUCUGCAAAAGGAUGAUCAAUCCGCAUCAUCCAUUUCUCAGUUCUACCACCAAAUGCCAUCCUGGGUUCCACCCGCUACCGCAACACCCCUUCUUCCUUUAAUGCCGGACUAUUCUCCCUAUAUGGUAACCGAGCGCCCCCUGCAUUCCCUCUAUGCACCCUACUCUCCUAACCAACCAAGCACUACACCUUACCAACUUACAUCUCGAGAGACCCAAAGACUGGUUCCAUCACCUCUGGUCCCACCCACUGCAUCCCUUCUCCACUCAUAUCACUACAGAUAUGGCCAUCCUAUUACUCCCGGCCCAACGCUACCCCUCAGCCUCUAUCAACACCCUGAACUACCCAUGUCCCUACAGAGGUCCAGGUAUUUGCCUUUGGAUGUGUAUAGCCACAGGUUCUAUCCCCGAGAGUAUGGAGGGCACCUGGUCCCCCAAUCUCAUUCUGACUCUUACAGUAGGAUUGAGGACAGAGUUAUGCAGGAGCACAGUGGAGACAAGGGUACUCGCCAAAGUCCUUUAGCAGGCUGUGCUGCCUCUGGGUCUCCAGACAGGCCCAGUGCUGCAGGUGUCACCCAGCGUGUCCCUGUUACACUCAGGCACACCUCCCAUGGGCAGACACUUUCAAUCGGGCAAUCACAGAAUGUAAUGCAAGGUCCAGCACCAACCACAACAACCAACAACUUACCCCAGAAACAAUGUGGACAACUUCAAGAGAAUACACUACCAAGUACUGAGAGAAAUGAAUUGCAAACCACAAUUUCAGCAAGCAGCUACAAUUCGUCAGACAAGGAGGAGGACGAAAUGGAGGAGGAGGAGCCAAGACCCCUUAACUUGUCAAAGAAAGAUCAGCCCGCAUCUAGAAACAUAAUAAACCAUUAUCCUGACCAAAAUCUCCAUUCUGAUUCAGAAAGUGGACAAGAGGAGGCACCACUCAACCUAUGCCUAAGGGUACCGACCAAGAACCUUCGCAAUACCACAAGCCUUGAAACUCCAGGAAAAGAAACCGUCCAAAAUUCUGAGGUAUCCAUAGAACAAGAUCUAGACUCUUGUGACCAGAGGCACUCAGCAGCAUUUGCUCUGUGUCAACUUGCAAGCUCAAGGGACAUUAUCAAAGAAUCCCCUGUUGGCCAACAAGAGACGACCAAGGACCAAAACAGCCGAUGCACUCCUUCCCCAGACAACCAUCCAGCCAAGGACACUCCAGACAUGGCCAAAGAAAGCACUCGAGCACUGGGACAAAAACGAGCAAAAAGCAGACCCCUGAGACACACUACCAAGAGAGCAAGGGUAAAAGAACCAGUCAGAACCCAAAGAAAAAGGUCGCAAAACUGUUAAUUUUGAAGUGUGAACACCUCCAAUUCACAAAGCUGACAAAGAGCUUUGAAUGAAACAUCGGUAGUAGAGACUUUACAGGAUGACGAGAUAAACUACACUGUAUACAUCAAUUACUACUGUACAGUAUUUUUAUAUGUACAACUUAUUGAGUGUUUAAUGUAAAUAUUUUCUAUUAUAAGUAUUCUGCACUGACUUGACUUUACAGAUUAUACACUUGUUCGCUUUGACAGACUUCGAAAAUCAUGCAACUGAGCAUUUAAAGGAACUUGGU